CGCUCACCAACGCUGCCACUCCCCCCGGCUCUGUCUUGAUCUGUACUCCCUUCCAACUGACAUACCCUUCCUUUUCACCUCUUUUUUCCUGUGUUACAAGAUACCCAAGGCGUGCUUCAGCAUCCUACGUUGAACCGCCUCUUACUAUGACGGCCCAAGACCCCGCGGCUCCCCCGCCCCCACAACAACCACCACCUCCAAUCCCCCAGCAAACCUCACAAACUUCACCAUCACAGCAACAACCGCCCAACGAGCCGCCUCCAUAUUCCAGCGCAGUCGUUUCUGAACUUCCUGGUAAUGUCCCAGAAUCGCGAAGCUCGACAUCACACGAUGCCCCUCAAAAUACCAGCGAAUCCUCGGAGUCGGCGAGAGUGAAACCUGAAGGUUCGAACUACGCAGGCGCAUACCGGCCCUCGGAUGCUCAGAACAUUCCUCCUCCCAUCACUGUAACGGAUCACCACCCCGACUUUUCUUCUGCCCACUAUGAGCACAUGCCGGGCACGUCUCCAUCCCAGGCGCCUCCAGCAUACACCGAACAGCCAGGCAUUCUGGAUGACACUGGAAAUCAGAUGGGUGGCCAGGCCACGGUCGCUGACGAUGGUCGUGUCAACAUCAACAUCAACCAAAAAGAUCGCACCCUAUCGCGUAUAAUCCUGCCCCAGCUACAGCGCCAGCUCACCCAGGUCAAUCGGGACCCCGCUCCUCCUCCCCCGUAUAUCCCUGAAUUUCUCGGUGGAGUUCCCGGGCAAGAGCCACCACCUGCUCUCAAUGUGGUCAUACAAGUGGUUGGAUCUCGGGGUGAUGUGCAGCCGUUUGUGGCGUUGGGUAAAGUGCUCAAGGAGACGUACGGUCACCGCGUUCGAAUGGCUACACAUCCUACUUUCAAGGACUUUGUGACGGAGCAUGGUCUGGAGUUCUUCAGCAUCGGUGGCGACCCGGCAGAGUUGAUGGCUUUUAUGGUCAAGAAUCCCGGUCUGAUGCCUGGCUUUGAUACUCUGCGGAGUGGAGAAGUGGGCAAGAGGAGACGAGGUAUAGCGGAGAUGUUGCGGGGGACGUGGAGGUCGUGUAUCGAGACGGGUGACGGUCUUGGAGUGGAUCCUUUGAAGCAGACGGUGGAAGAGUGGAUGGGUGUUGAGGAUCAGCUGCCCGAAGCCCUGAAGAAGCCGUUCGUGGCCGACGCCAUCAUUGCGAAUCCACCGAGUUUUGGACAUAUUCACUGUGCGGAGAAACUCGGGAUACCUCUUCAUAUGAUGUUUACCAUGCCAUGGUCUCCGACACAGCAGUUCCCGCAUCCUCUGGCCAACAUCCAGUCCUCAAACACCGAUCCUACCAUCACCAACUUCAUGUCUUAUAUCCUGGUGGAUAUGCUGACCUGGCAAGGUCUGGGCGAUGUGACGAAUAGGUUUCGUAAAGAGUGUCUCGGUCUUGAUCCCGUCAGCAUGAUCUGGGCUCCGGCGAUGCUGGCACGAUUGAAGAUCCCAUGGACAUAUUGCUGGUCCCCUGCUCUGAUACCCAAACCAAAGGAUUGGGCGAACCACAUCCAGAUCUCUGGCUUCUACUUUCUCAAUCUUGCAUCGAAUUACACCCCCGCCCCUGAUCUCGCCCAGUUCCUGGCUGCCGGCGAACCUCCAGUGUACAUUGGUUUCGGAUCCAUCGUUGUUGAUGACCCAAACGCCAUGACCAAGAUGAUCUUCGACGCGGUUAAGAUGACGGGCAGACGAGCGCUCGUCUCGAAGGGCUGGGGAGGUUUGGGGGCCGACGAUCUUGGUAUACCGGAAGGAGUUUUCAUGCUCGGCAAUGUACCUCAUGACUGGCUCUUCAAACAUGUCGCAGCCGUUGUACAUCACGGAGGUGCCGGAACUACCGCCGCAGGUAUCGCCGCAGGCCGACCCACCGUAGUUGUGCCCUUCUUUGGUGACCAGCCGUUCUGGGGUGCAAUGACUGCGAGAGCUGGAGCUGGCCCGGAGCCGGUCGCAUACAAAGAGCUGACGGCUGAGAAGCUGGCCGAGUCUAUCAAUCACGCUCUGAAGCCAGAAUCGCUUGAUCGAGCUAAGGAACUUUCCGAGAAGAUUAGCCGCGAGCAGGGUUCGCAGAACGGAGCACAGUCUUUCCAUCAGCUGCUUCGAUAUGAUGAACUCCGAUGCGCGGUUGUUCCUCAGCGACCGGCUGUUUGGAGAGUCAAGCGCACUCAGGUCAAGCUUAGUACGAAGGCAGCAACUAUUCUCGCGCAAGAAGGCGAACUGAACUUCUCCGAACUCAAGCUGCACCGCCCCCGCGAGUACGAAACAGACGAAGGACCUUGGGAUCCCCUUACUGGUGGCGCUACAGCAUUGAUCGGUACAGGAACACAGAUUAUGAUGGGGGUGGCUGAUUUUCCCAUUGAAACACUCAAGCUGCUCAAUAUCCAUCCCGAUUCGGCCAAGAGCAGUAAAGGCAAAGGAAAGGCGAAACAGAGCACAGAUGGGUCCAGCACGCAAGACAAGCUGGGGACGGGCAGUGUUCAGGAUUCUGCUGCAAGCAGUAGCACUACCUUGCCGGGUCUUGCCACCCCUGACAGCUCUAACAGCACUGAGAUGCCAAGUCCCUCGCACAAGAAUUCGUUCAUGGCCGAAGCCAUGGCCUCAUCUUCGCAGGUCUCACGCCCAUCUUCCCCGGGUGGCCAUCGUCGUCUGUUGUCAAGGGAUAACAGCGGUUUCUCCCGAAGUCGCAGAUCGUCAACAGCAACCGAAGAGCAACCGUCUACGCAGACGAGGCCCGCGUUUGACUUUCGCUCGAGCUCGAAUAAAAUGAACGCUAGGAUGAACGCCGACUCGUUGGUCGGCACUGGAAAGGGUAUCGGCAGAAUCGUGGGCGCAGGGUUCAAAUCACCAAUGGAUUUCUCGAUGAAUGUUGCCAAGGGCUUCCACAAUGUACCGAAGCUAUACGGGGCGGAGGUCAGGCAAGUCGACAAGGUCACCGAUUUCAAUAGUGGUGUCAGGACCGCCGCUAAGUUUGGAUUUGGUAUGUAUGAUGGCAUUACAGGCCUCGUCACCGACCCCUACAAGGGAGCCAAGAAAGAGGGUGCUGUCGGGUUUGUCAAGGGCGUUGGUCGUGGCAUCUUCAGUGUGCCGUUCCGCGUCAUGGGAGGGGCUUUUUCAGUCCCAGCAUACGCCAUGAAGGGCCUGUACGCAGAAAUGGUCAAGAGCAAGGGCGCGAACGCGCAAAACUACAUCAUUGCCGCACGUAUAGCCCAAGGAUAUGACGAAGCGUCGAAUGUGUCCGCGCACGAGCGAGCCGAGAUCGUUGCUAGAUGGAAAUCUGUAAAGGUGGACACGACGAAGAAGAAGACUGUCGGCGAGAAGAAGAUGGAUUUCUUGCACCAGCACAUGGAGAACAGGAAAAGGCAGGGACGAAGAGACACCGCGCCAGGGUCCUCCAGCCAGCCUACAGCCACACGCGAUACACUCGCACACGCAAAUACCUAUCCCACCGCCCCAACCCCACAGCAACACCUCUCCGCGGACGUCGAAAAAGAAGAGCUCCGUCUCAUGGAAGAAGCGAUCCAAGGCUCCAUCGCCGAAACCUCGCGCGGCAAUCCCGAAGAAGACGAAGUCAUCUCGCGCGCCAUCCGCGCCUCCCUCGCCGAAUUCGAGCGCGAACCCGCCGAACACGAAGACGAAGACCAGGUCCUCGAACGGGUCAUGACCGCCAGUCUCCAAGAAGCCCAACGCGCCGGUGCCACAGAGGAAGAACAGAAACUGCUCGAGGAAACGCUGCGCAAGUCGCUGCUAGAUACUUCGGCCCGGCGUGUGCAUGGCUCGGAUUCCGAGUGGGAUUCGGACGAUACGCAGGAGGACGAGAAUUACCAGCGCAUCAUCGACGAGUCCCAGAAAUUGGCCGAUCUGCAUCGCACCGCGUCGAGGGAUAUCGCCGCGCAGGAAGAAGAAGAGCUGAAAUUGGCGCUGAGGCAGAGCGAACAGGAUCCCCCUGCUCCCACCGCCAACGAAGACGACGAGAUGCUGCGCAAGGCUAUCGCGGAGAGCGAGAAGCUGCGUGAGCGGGAAGGCGCUGGGGGUGGUGGUGAUGCGGAUGAAGAGGAGUUGCUGCGGAAGGCUAUGCAGGAGAGUGAGCAAGCUGAGAAGCAGAGACUCGAGGAGUUGGCGAAGCAGAGAAACGAAGAGGAUAUUGUGUUGGAGUACGUCAAGAAGCAGAGUUUGGCGGAGGAGGAGCAUAAAAGGAGGGUGUUUGGCGGGAGGGAUACGGGCGGAGAGAGCUCGAGGGGUGCUGGGUCUGGGAGCGGAGUGUGA